UGUCCCAUGAAGGUUUGUGCAUGACAAAAAGCAAACUUUUGCUUAUUGCCUGCAGGCACUCACAUGGAAAUCAAAAGAUUUGUUUUCAGAUUCAGUUAAACCGUGUGUGUGUGUGUGUGUGUGUUUGCAUGUGUGUGAAGGGCGAGCAUGUGAUGGGACUUUUGAUAUGUCACAAGCGCACAAGAACACACACGCAGAUUGAGUAAGGCCAUUUCUCAGCAGGAAGAAAGCAGUUCCUUGUUGAAACCAUUCCUCCGAUUGUUAUCGCUAAUCAGGGCAACAACCCUGAGGCAAAGUGUUGUUGUGAAAUAUCUGAAGAGAACCGAGUCGAGGUGCGCCACAUUCCGCUCAACAUUUCAUGCAAUGUUUGUGACCGCUCCUAUACAAACAACAUAUAAACCUUGGGGGAACUUCAUAGCAAGAUCGCUCUCCUUAAGACAGCUAGAGCUGAGAAGACACCAAUGGAAAAAAUGUAUGUUUAUAUAAAUGAUAAAAAAGGUUGUAAAUGUACAGCAAAAAGAUCAUUAUCCGCUAUCAUCAGAGAAGAGAACUAUGAGAUGAUCAGUGAAAGAAGACCCAGCUGGUCAGGUCAGCAGGACACCCAGCACACAUAGGAUAGGUAGGCGUGAGGGAUGAUGGGGAAGAACAUCCACCAGUUGUUCCUAACCCCUCCUCUUUCUGGAAUGAAGCAAAACUUGAAACCACUCCCUCUGCCCUCUUGGCAUAUUGAUAUUCACAAACUCACUAUCACUGAGAGGGGAAAUGGCACAACGAGGAGAUGAGCUUGCCCGGAAAAAACUCUGCUGUUUCAUCUGUCGGGAUCUAAUGAAGGAUCCAGUGCUUAUUCCCUGCGGGCACAGCUACUGCAUGGGCUGUAUAAAAAAACACUGGGAUGAGGAAGAUCAGAAGGGAAUCCACAGCUGUCCUCAGUGCAGAAAGACCUUCAGACCGAGGCCUACGCUGGUGAAAAACACCAUGCUGGCAGAUUUAGUGGAGGAACUGAGGAAGCCGCGACUCCCAGUUGCUCUGGCUGAUCCCUGCUAUGCCGGACCUGAAGAUGUGGGGUGUGAUGUCUGCACUGGGAGAAAGCGGAAAGCUCUCAAGUCCGGCCUGCAGUGUCGAGUCUCUUACUGUGAGCAGCACAUCCAGCUUCACCACGAUGUUCCAGCAAAGAAGCACAGGCUGGUUGAAGCCGCAAAGCUCCAGGAGAACAUCUGCACCCAACAUAAUGAGGUGAAGAACAUUUUCUGCCACUCUGAUAAGCAAUGUAUCUGUUUUAAAUGCCUAAUGAAUGAACACAAAGGCCACAACACGGUGGAGGCCUCAACAGAAAUGACUAAGAGGCAGGUAGAGCUCGGAAAGAGACAACAAGAAAACAAGCAGAGAAUCCAGAGCCAAGAGAAAGAUGCAGAGGCGCUUCAGCAGGAGGUGGAGGUUCUUAUCUGCUCCGCCGAUAGCGCAGUGGAGGCCAGCGAGGAGAUUUCUGCUGAGCUGAUUCGUGUCAUCACGAAAAGAAGCUCUGCUGUGACACGUAAGAUCAGAUCCCAGCAGGAAACUGAGAUGAGUCGGGCCACAGAGCUUCAGGAGAAGCUGCAGCGGGAGAUCACCAUUCUGAAGAGGAGAGACGCUGAUCUGGAGCAGCUCUCGGACACAGAGGAUCCAACCCAGUUUCUGCUCAAAUACGCCUCGAUGCCACGUCCCACUAGUUCCCCCGCUUUACCCAACCUCAAUAGGCGCCCUUUGCGACACUUUGAUCACGUGACUGCAUCUGUGUCAGAGGCCGGAGAAAAGCUGAAGGCCAGUUAUCGUGAGGAAUGGAACAAGGUCUCAGAGACAGUGGCUGAAGUAGAUAUUUUACUGCCACAAGACCCCAAGACGAGAGCGGAAUUCUUACAAUAUGCACAGCCCGUGAAGAAUUUAAAGAUGGAUCGAAACACGGCGAGCAUACAGCUGGUCUUAUCUGAAGGGGACAGAAAGGUGACAAAAAUUAGGGAUCCACAGUCAUAUGCUGAUCACGCAGACAGAUUCAUGUCGAGGUCUCAGGCUCUGUGUAAAACUGGUCUGACUGGACGUCACUACUGGGAAGUGGAGUGGAGUGGCUUAGGAGUUUCAAUCGCAGUCGCAUACAGGGAUAUUGCCAGAACAGGAAAUAUAAGUACAUUUGGUGAUAAUGUCAAGUCUUGGGCGUUGGAGUGUUUGGUCAAGGAUACUCAGAUCUUGUAUAAUUCCAAACAUAACAGUAACAAUCAUAAAAGGUUAAUUCAGCCCCCAAAAUCCUCCAUCGGAGUGUUCCUGGAUCACAAGGCAGGGAAUCUGUCCUUUUACAGGAUCUCUGACACCAUCACUCUCCUUCACAAAGUCCAGACCAAAUUCAGUCAGCCACUCUAUGCUGGUCUUGGUGUUUAUUAUUUUGGUUCUAUGGCGGAGUUAUGUGACGCCAAGAGUCAGAGUGGAGGUUUCCCCCGGGAAACAGCAGCUGUUUAGAUCAGCAGAGAGAGAGGGCUUUCGCAAACGGGAUAGAGGUUGAGUCACUGUUGUGACAGCUCAUUUAGUAAUGCAAUGUGGUGGAUAUGCUCCUGUGUGUCCGGUAUUUGGA